UGUUGAAUUAAAAUCACCCCGUGUUUUCGUUUUGUUCUAUUUCGUGCGCAGAAGAAAACAGAAAGAAAGUGCAACUUUGCCAAGAAAGCGUGACACGAUGAGCGAUAAUGAUAUCUCGAAGAUGAAGGUAGCAGAUCUCAAAAAGGAACUGAAAACGCGCGGCUUGAGUGUGAUGGGAAACAAAAACGAGCUCAUCGAUCGGUUACAGUGCGCUCUGUUGGACGGUGGCGAUGUUCUGGAAGACACGGCGAACUCGGAGGACUUGCUAGAGGACGAUGAGCUGAACGAUGAUUUGCUCGAUGAGGAUAAGGAUCUUACGGAUCCGGUCGUCGAAGAAGAGCAGAUUCUCCUGUCACCAACGCCGAGUGAGAAAUCGAAGUCGGCGUCCCCGGAACAAUCGGCAAAGGAACCGGCCGAUACGCUGCAUUCGGACCUCAAACCAGUCCAACGGAAGGUUGCGCUGAAACGAAACAUCUCCAUCACAAAGCCAACGCUUCCUACGAUGGAUUCGACCAGCGCUUCGUCGGCCCUGCUAUCGGAAGCUCCGAAAGCACAACGGAAACCUCUGAGCGGGGGUAAUUCUGCAUCGGCCACCAGCAGUGGCAGCGAUGGUGAACCGGAAAAGAAGGUUGUCAAGCUUGGCCAGCUGACCGCUCUGGAGCGCUUGGAAAUGCGUGCGAAAAAGUUUGGAUCGACGGGGUCCGCAUCUACGGCAACGGCCUCCAACAGCGCGGCCAGCGGUAGUGCACCCGCCGAAAACACUAAACUGCAGGCACGUGCGGCUCGGUUUGGACUCUCGUCAUCCGGCAACAGCUCUACCGACAGCACGGCUUCGAUGGAGGCUCUGAAAAAGCGUGCCGAACGUUUCGGCGGAUCGGUUUCGUCCAAAAUGACAAAACUGGAGCAGGACGAAAAACUCGCCAAACGACAGGCCCGCUUUGGGGCAACAGCAGCAGCGAACGGUUCCGGUAAAUCGGACGGCUCGUCAUCGGUAAAUUAUGCCGAAAAGGCGAAACAAAGGUUGGAGCGGUUUAAAACGGCGGCUUAAACGUACGAAUGGGCUUCUCGCCCCCGUUUGGCCGAUGAAUCUGCGUCGCAGUAGAAUUAGAAUUUCAUUGAACUUCGGUCUCCACUUUGCGCGUCGCAAGUCGUCCAAUAAUUUGUAUAAUGUGUACGAUGUUGCGGGACAAAGCUUAAGACAAGCUGAGCGGCGAUUGAAUCGUGCGACAAGCGAACAAAAUACCGGAGCAGAGCGGGCGAGGGAAAGAACACAACCUGCAUUACUAUAGCUAGGGUUUGCGUUGGCCCGCCGGUGAGGU